AUGGCGCCCAGCAUUGCCUACCCCGGCUUAUAUGCUGAAGUCACUGUUGACGGGUGCCGGCUGACAGAGUACGACGACGGCGAAGAUGCACGCUCUAAAACUAAAACAGUUUACAUCCAGUCAGAAGCAGGCGAGCAGUUUGGCGUCCAGUACUUCAUCCCUCCAAACUUAUUCAAGGAGUACGGCAUCAAAGCAGAGGUCAGCAUCGACGGUGUGAGCAUGCGCAAAUACAUACAUGACACCUAUGUCGGCCGUCUGCAUGGGGUAUCAAGGUAUGCUUGUGCCAGCAGUGCUCAUGUUGGAAAUCUCUUCAUUGGGCAGCGAUUUCGGUUUGCCACGCUGGACACACACGAUGAGACAGAGCCAGUAAACACAGCGGUGCAGAACCAACUAGCGGCCACGGGUGACAUAUCGGUGUCUUUCUAUCGCAUCACCAACGUUCGUGUCUCAAGCGCAGGCAAGAAGGCACCAACUAUACAUGAGUAUGACAAGGUUCCAGAAAAGGCACUGAAAGGCUCGGCUGUUUCGCUCAAAACACAACUUGAUCCCUUCGAACGCAUUGCACCAGUGACGUGGGUCGAAGCCGACCAUGUCGAUGGAGACCGUCCAUUCGCUAUUAUCCAAUUCAGAUACCGCUCUGCAGCUGCUCUCAGAUCACUCCAUAUACUCCCUCCGCUUCAGAAUUCUGUGUCCUUAGAGAAGGGCUCCGCCAGCAAACUUUCAAUGGCGAAGAAGGCUCGACCGCUGGAUGAUUAUCACCCCGGGAAAGAAGUGAUGCCCGUAAUGAAACGACAACGUGCCGAGAAUGAUGAGGACUCCGAGGUUAAAUUAGUGGUGGAAAGGAGUGCAAAGCGUCGAUGCCUGCCCACCAAUAAGGACGAGAUUGUUGUACUGGAGUGAGAGCGCUAUAGAUGCGAAAAAGGAUGGUCAUAUGUGGUGAAGAAGGAGGG